AUGGACAGCAAAAAUAACGAACAAUUGCACGGAGAGAGGGAGGAAAAAGACUCCACCAUAGAAGAAAGACUGAAUGACCCUAAUGAAACUAGGAUUAAAAUAUAUAUGGAUAGUGUCUCUAUUAUAGGCAUGCUAAGUGGCAAGAAAGUCCUUGUGGUUACGCCUCUUACGAAGGAUGUUCAUGCCUUGGAGAACAGUCUUGUGGAAAGUGAAGAGAACACAGUGAGUGUGAAAAGGGUCUUGGAAAGCAUAAAUCUUCUGAGGACCUUGGAUGUGUGCACUGUAAUAAUUAAUAAGUACAAAAUUAUUGAGGAAAUGGGGCUAAUGAGUGACUUAAUGGAGGCAAUUGGGGAGAAAAGAAUAAUUGUCGCCUUGGAGGGAGAUUCAGAUGACAUUGAGGCACUGAAGGAGUACCAGCUGCUUGCAAAGAAGUUAGUGCGCAUGGAAUUCUUUGUCAGUGGAAAGACAAUUCUUGAGAGGAUGGCCAUGAUAUUUGCACUGACUAAGUCCAGACCCAUCAAGAAUGUCUGCAUAGUAGUCAGUCACCCGAAGGAAGAGAGAAGAGUUGAAGUCUUCUUGCAGUCAUUCGGGAUAAAAAUAGAACUGUCCCCGGAGACAAAAAAAGAAGGAGUUCUUGCCAUAUUCAACACGCAGAAGGAGAUUAAAAAGUCACUCUUAGAGAAGUACAGUUUAAUUGUGGAUAUGUGUGGGGAUGUAAAGACAGAUAAGCUGGAAGACGUGAAAGUUGGAAUUCUCAAGAUUGUAACACAUGGGAAAUUACAGAAUGAAGACAAAAGAUUCAAGAAGAUCCGGGAGCAAGCACUCAAGUACAAAUACAGAAUAGAGAGUGUCAUACAAUUAAUUACAUCAAAUGUUCUAAGACGAAAGAGUGACAUAGAAGAGAAUAUAGUCAAACACCUGCACGGACCACUCCGUCUAUUAUAA